GAGGCGGCGGAGCGUGAUGGGCGCCUGACGCCCGGCCCGUCCCGCCGCCGAGGGACGAUGGCGCGGCCCCGCGGCGGGCGGUGGCUGCUGGGUGUCCUGCUGGCCGUGUGCCGCCUCGCCGCGCCGCUCGCCAAGAGCCUGGAGCCGGUGUCGUGGAGCUCCGCGAACCCCAAGUUCAUGACUGGGAAGGGGCUGGUCAUCUACCCAGAGAUUGGGGAUAAACUGGACAUUAUCUGCCCCAAAGCGGAGCCAUCCAAGCCUUACGAGUACUACAAGCUGUACCUGGUGAGGAAGGAGCAGGCGGACGCCUGCAGCACCGUCAUGGACCCCAACGUGCUGGUGACAUGCAACCGGCCCGAGCAGGAGAUCCGCUUCACCAUCAAGUUCCAGGAGUUCAGCCCCAACUACAUGGGCCUGGAAUUCAAGCGGCAGCAGGAUUACUUCAUCACAUCCACUUCCAACGGCACGCUGGAUGGCCUGGAGAACCGGGAAGGAGGGGUCUGCCAGACACGCUCCAUGAAGAUUGUCAUGAAAGUGGGGCAGGAUCCCAACGCAGUGAUCCCAGAGCAGCUGACGACGAGUCGGCCGAGCAAGGAGUCGGAUGACACCAUGAAAGUUGUCACGCAGAGCCCACGCAGCAAGGUCCCGGCGGUGGAGGAGCCCGGCAAGCCAGGCUCCGUCAACCAGGACGGCCAGGAGACCCAAGGUCCCAGCGAUGGCUUCCUGAGCUCCAAGGUGGCCGUGUUCGCGGCCAUCGGCGCCGGCUGCGUCAUCUUCAUCCUCAUCAUCAUCUUCCUCGUUGUGCUCCUGAUCAAGAUCCGCAAGCGGCACCGGAAGCACACGCAGCAGCGAGCCGCAGCCUUGUCCCUUAGCACCUUGGCCAGCCCCAAAUGCAGCGGGAACGCGGGCUCGGAGCCCAGCGACAUCAUCAUCCCCUUACGGACUACAGAGAACAACUACUGCCCGCACUACGAGAAGGUGAGCGGGGACUACGGGCACCCCGUCUACAUCGUGCAGGAGAUGCCCCCGCAGAGCCCAGCCAACAUUUACUACAAGGUGUGAGGAGCAGCCUGGGAACGACCGAUGCAGCAGCGCGGGAGCGCCGGGCGCGGGGCUGGCGCCGCAGGGAGGAAGCGAAACGUCCCCACCCCGGCACGGCGCGGGCAGCGCCGGGAGCGGCGCCGGGGAGCGGAGGGCUCAACGCUCACGUGCUGAUUCUCCCCUUUGUAUUUAGUUUUGUAGUUCUCAGCUUUUGUAAUCCCGAGACUCUGAGGGUGAGCCUUCAGCCUCCUCCUCUUCUUCUCCAGACUGUGGCCGGCCGUGGGGGGCGGGCGCCGUGCCUUUCUGUGCUCGGGACACCGCUGGCAAACCCGGAGACUCCACCUUCCCUUUGUGGUUUGGGAUUUCCCCGCUCCGGCCCUGUGGAAAGUGCCCGCCAGCGCUGCAGGGUCCCGGAGCCUGGAGCGACGCCGGGGCCUCAGUCCCAGGAGCAGCGAGCGCACAGGGGGAUGAGGAGGAGGAGGAGGAGGAUGCUUUGCCAUGGUGCCAAGAUGCAGACAACUGUGCAGGGAGGAAGCUGGCAAACCCGAUUUACUACUACUACUAUUAUUAUUAUUAUUAUAAUUAUUUUAAUUUUUUUGUAACAUUUUUAUUUUUGUGAAUUCCGGGCGGGACUCCGGCCCGCCACCUCUGGGCACACGCCAUCACCUCCUUCCAGCACAUCAUCCUGCCGGCCACGGGGCAGAUCCCGCUCCCCCCACUGCCCCUGGAAACUUUUGUGUUCGUAGCUGUUGACUCUUGUUUUAGUCUCUUUAUAAAAAGAAAGAAAAAAAAAUUCUAUCUCCA